AUGAAAACAAAAGAUUCGAUAGAUGGUGCUUCGGAAUUCAUAUCAGGGGGGGUUGCAUUUGCUGAGAAUUUAAAUUCAAUAGGGUCAUCAAGUACGGAUGUAUCACAAAUUCAAGGUUUCAAGAAAUAUGCUAAAGCUUCCUCUAUUAAGGAUAGGUUUCAUAAUCUAGUUAAAGAAUUUGAGGCUGUGAUGACUGAUUUACAUUUUUCUUUGGCUGUUGCAAAUGAAGAGCAAAGAAGGCUUGACCAAGAAAGUCUUAAUGAGGAUAUUGAACAAAUGAAACAUGCAUGUAUUUAA